GGAGUGGGGCGGGGCCUGGCCCGGGGUGAGGGGGCAUUGGGAAGGGGAGGAGGAGGGAGUGCCAUAGUUGGCUAGCCUGGCCUGGCGCUCCCGGCCUGAACCCGGCUGGACAGAGCCACCAGGGGAGGCGGAAGUGGACUACGGAUCCCAGCGCACGCUGCUCCUGCUGGAGGCCUGCAGACCCUAGUGCCUCCGGGCUCUCUGUGUGCGCAGGGGCUGCAGCCCCCGCUUUAUGGCCAAGGAACUAGGGUGCCUGGACGCCAUGCCCUGUCAUAACCAACAGCUUGUCCCCCCUGCGGCGGCGGCGGCGGCCAACGGCGGCACCGCAGCCGCCACAGCCGCCGCCGCCCCCCAGUGCCCCGAGCCCACAGAUCCCAACGGCCAGCCCGAGGAGGACCUGGCGGGAGGCCCUGCCAAGUUGCCCGCGGCCAAUGGCCCCGUGGCGGGGCCUGCUGGGGAUAGCUCGGAGGGCCCCCAGCCAGAGGACUGCGAGUCCGGAGAUCUCAUCACCUCCCAGCUCGGGCCACAGCUCAAAUUGCUGCCCAUUAACGACCAGAUCCGGGAGCUCCAGACCAUCAUCAGGGACAAGACAGCCAGUCGAGGGGACUUCAUGUUUUCUGCGGACCGUUUGAUCCGACUUAUUGUGGAAGAAGGACUGAAUCAGCUGCCAUAUAAAGAGUGCACAGUGACCACUCCAACAGGAUACAAGUAUGAAGGAGUGAAAUUUGAGAAGGGAAAUUGUGGGGUCAGCAUAAUGAGAAGUGGGGAGGCCAUGGAGCAGGGUUUGCGGGACUGCUGCCGCUCGAUCCGCAUUGGAAAGAUUCUGAUCCAGAGUGAUGAGGAGACGCAGAGGGCCAAAGUCUAUUACGCCAAGUUCCCUCCGGACAUUUACCGGAGGAAAGUUUUGCUGAUGUAUCCGAUUCUAAGCACUGGAAAUACUGUCAUUGAGGCUAUAAAAGUCCUUGUAGAACAUGGAGUUCAACCCAGUGUCAUCAUUGUCCUCAGUCUCUUUUCUACUCCUCAUGGUGCCACGUCAAUCAUCCGUGAGUUCCCAGAAAUCACGAUUUUAACCACAGAGGUCCAUCCUGUCGCACCAACACAUUUUGGGCAGAAGUACUUUGGAACAGAUUAAGUUUGAGAAAAACUGGUUUCCCCUUUACUAUGUCAUCAGAGUGUAUUGAGUUUCCUCUUGUUGUCCUGUUUUCAGUUGGGGAAUGGGGAGUGAUGGGGCUGUUUAAAUGAAUUUCUCUUUCUGGUCCAAAUGGAAUAUGUUGGCAGUCUUUUCAUUUCAUUUAGUUAUUUUUUUAUUGUUGGAACCAAGUGCAGUAAUGAGGCACAUUCGGCUCUUAGAAUUGAUGGGAAUUUUAAUAAUAUGCUUAUGCAAAUUACUGGACUCUUCAAUGAAUUAAUUUAUUCUCUACUUUCUGAACUUCCCUGCUCUGAGGUUUCCUGUAGUUACAAAUAAAACCAAAAAGAGUCAGUUCUCUAAGGCCCA